ACUAUGAGAGUUCCGAUACUGGAAAAGCAGCAGCAGAAGGAAAAAAAGGUGGGAUCAUUGGUCCGCCAAGAUCUUUGGUAACAAUGAUAAUACGUAUGGACAUUGAACUCUAAUCUGGCACUGCUUCUUCUUUACCCGGCACAAGUCUUUUGCUACUCUAGUGAUCUCCCACAAAAAGAGUGAAGAAGAAGAAGAGCGAAAAUGGGGUUCUUUGUGGGGCUGAUACUUGGAAUUGCCAUGGGACUAGCGCUGAUAGUCGGCUUCGCCCGGUGUGAGAACGUACGAUCAAAGCGCCGGUCCGCACUGGCCACCACCAUUGCCGCUUUUGCAAGGAUGACCGUCGAAGAUUCCAGAAAGAUCCUCACUCCAGAUCACUACCCUUCCUGGGUCGUCUUCUCUCAGCGCCAGAAGUUGAGUUGGCUUAAUCUUCAUCUCAAAAAGAUCUGGCCUUAUGUUGAUGAGGCAGCGUCUGAGCUGAUAAAGACUUCGGUUGAGCCGGUUCUGGAACAAUAUAGACCGAUUAUACUGUCCUCGCUCAAAUUUUCCAAGUUCACUCUCGGUACAGUGGCACCACAAUUUACAGGACUUUCUAUUAUUGAAAACGGAGAUCAAGAUAGUGUCACCAUGGAGUUGGAGAUGAACUGGGAUGGGAACCCAAGUAUAAUACUGGAUAUUAAGACUAGACUUGGUGUUGGACUUCCGGUGCAGGUGAAAAAUAUCGGAUUCACGGGGGUUUUCAGGUUGAUUUUUAAGCCAUUGGUUGAGGAGUUUCCGUGCUUUGGAGCUGUUUGUUGUUCUCUAAGAGAAAAGAAAAAUUUGGAUUUUACACUUAAAGUUGUUGGUGGUGACAUAUCAACGGUUCCUGGGCUCCAAGAUGCAAUAGAGAGUACAAUACGGGAUGCUAUAGAAGAUACUCUUAUGUGGCCUGCUCGAAAAGUUGUACCUAUUUUGCCUGGGGAUUACAGUGACCUGGAGUUGAAGUCUGUUGGGAUAUUAGAGGUGAAGCUUGUGCAAGCAAAGGAGCUGACAAAUAAAGAUAUCAUUGGAAAGUCAGAUCCCUAUGCUGUAUUAUAUGUACGACCAUUACAUGACAGAAUGAAACGUAGCAAAAUAGUUAAUAAUGAUCUAAACCCAAUCUGGAACGAACACUAUGAAUUUAUUGUUGAAGAUGCAUCCACUCAACAUUUGGUGGUGAAAGUUUAUGAUGAUGAGGGGGUUCAGACAUCUGAGCUCAUUGGGUGUGCUCAAAUACAGCUAAGCGAACUUCAGCCCGGUAAAGUGAAGGAUGUUUGGUUGAAACUUGUUAAAGAUUUGGAGGUCCAUAGAGAUAAUAAACACAGGGGGCAGGUGCAUUUGGAGCUUUUAUACCGUCCUAAUGGGAUGGCGAGUAUAUUUACCAACCCUUUUGGCUUUAAUGUUUCGAUGAACCCCUUGGAGAGGUUUCUUAAAAAUGGGGUUAACGGAACAGAAGCCAUUGAAAAUGAGAAAUCAGUCAUACAGAAGAAAAACGAGGUUAUUGUUAGAGGAGUUCUUUCUGUUACUGUGGUAUCUGCUGAUGACUUGCCAGCAGUGGAUCUUAUAGGGAAGGCCGAUCCCUAUGUUGUACUCAUCUUGAAGAAAUCAGAAACAAGAAAUAAAACUCGGGUUGUGAAUGAGAGCUUGAACCCAGUUUGGAAUCAAACUUUUGACUUUGUUGUUGAGGAUGGAUUACAUGAUAUGUUAAUCCUUGAAGUCUGGGACCAUGACACAUUUGGAAAGGAUUAUAUGGGGAGAUGCAUCUUGACACUAACUAGGGUUGUAUUGGAAGGGGAAUACAGAGAGUGCUUCCAGCUAGACGAAGCAAAAUCAGGAAAACUGAACUUGCAUCUCAAGUGGAUGCCACGGCCAGUUUACCGUGAUUCUUAAGUGCUCCUGUUCCGUAGCUGAUGGUGAGACAUUAAAGCCUCAUUUGGAUGUUGAGCUGACUUGAUUUCUUUACGAAUAAUAAUGAGUUGAGAUAGUGGAGUAAGUUUUGUGGGGCCCACCUAAGAUGAGUUUAGAUGUAUUUAUGAGAAGUUAAAAAGAUUUGUAGUUCCCGCGGGUAAAGAUGUUUUGAGUUGAAAAAUGUUGUAAGUUUCAUGCGUGAAAA